CAGGGGCUGGGUUUGUCUUUUAUUGAAGAAGAGGAAAAAAAUCUAAAGUUUCAAGCAUGACGAGACAAAGACACUGACUGAACAUUAAACAAACGAUGCUUUAAAACGUACUGAACCCACCAUGGCUAUAAGGGAGCUCAAAGUUUGCCUUUUAGGGGACACCGGAGUGGGGAAAUCUAGUAUUGUUUGCAGAUUUGUUCAGGACCACUUUGAUCACAACAUAAGUCCAACAAUAGGAGCAUCAUUCCUGACCAAGACAGUGCCAUGUGGAAAUGAAUUACACAAGUUUUUGAUCUGGGAUACAGCCGGACAGGAACGGUUUCACUCAUUAGCACCUAUGUACUACCGAGGAUCCGCUGCUGCUGUUAUUGUCUAUGACAUUACAAAACUGGAUUCUUUCCAGACACUGAAGAAAUGGGUGAAGGAGCUGAAGGAACAUGGUCCAGAGGACAUAGUUGUAGCCAUAGCAGGGAAUAAGAAUGAUUUAGGAGACAUCAGGGAAGUUCCUAUGAAGGAAGCCAAGGAGUUUGCUGAAUCAAUUGCAGCUAUUUUCAUUGAGACUAGUGCCCGAAAUGCUGUCAACGUUGAGGAGCUCUUUCAGAAAAUAAGUAAACAGAUUCCACCCCUGGAAAACCCUGAGGUAGAUAGCAACAAGUCCUUCAAACUCACCCAACAGCCUCCUCCAUCUGCCAGGAGAUGCUGCUAGUACCAACGGGAACUGAUGGGAUUACUUGUGUCAGCACCAGGGACUCCACCACCCCUCCCUCAUCAUCCCAGCAGCGCACAUCGUCCACAAUGCACACAGUGUCUUAUUCUAGUGAAAGACAACACCGUGGACAGAUAGAGGUCAGCUUACAUGUGUGGUUUAUUGUAACUUUGAACAGAGAAACCUGCCAGCAAUAUUAUACAGAUCUAUGUGCAAAUUUCAACACAUGGCACAUCUGUUUUACCCAAAUGUAUUAGUAGUAGUUGUGAUGGGAGUCUGGAGGAAGCCUUCAGUUUGUCCCCCUCAGGUGGUGUCGUGCCUAAAUUACAUCAAAACAUCAGUGUUUUCCCCCUUUAGCAGAAAUAAAGAUUUUACUACAUAGUAAUGAAAUUGAGGCACAAGUUAAUAUUGAGCCACUGAGGUGUUCAACUAAUGUGCUUCAUAUAGUCAGGUUUUGGCUGUUGAGAAAUCUGCAUUUUUAGUUUGAGAGUCAACUGGUCUAGAUUUUCAUUGCACUGUGGCUCUUAAAUGGCACACAACUUUUAUUGAUAGUCUUUUUAUUUUAAUCAUGGCUUCAUUUUUCUCCUUAUGGAAGUUUUGUGUUCAUAUAUGUCUCACUCUUGUGUUGAAUAUUGAAAUAUUUGAAUAAGAGGCUGUCGAGAUUUAACUCUAGGUGAGCAUUCGGUUCUGUAGCUUAAACACAGCAGCUUUACAUUCCACUUUGUCAUGUGUUUUCACGCACAUUUGCUGUAUAAGGGUUUAACUGUAAUGCUGCAGAAUGAACCGUUAAGAGGCCUAAAAAUUGUAAUUACAGUAUGACACCCCACGUUGAAACACUGUGACCAGUACUAGAUUUGUUUACAUAGUGAUUUGUCGAAGAUGUUUUCUACAUGCUGAAAUGUUUUGUCUGAGUUUCACUACAGGGAAUGACUGUAAGCGACUGCUUUUGUUUACCUAAAGAAGGGUUUCAUCAAUAGACCUGCAUAUGUUUUAUUCUUAACCUGUCACCAGUGAUUAAAGCACCAAAAGGCUGGUUUUACAAACUAACAAAACUCAAAGAACAUGUGGGAAUAUUACCUUAAGCCAAUACAUUACAUUAUCAGUACAGAUGUUAGCCUAGCUGUAUAAACUAAGACGAUGUAUGGUGAUUUUACUAUCCAUUCAAUUGUAACAUUGAGUUUAACCAAACUAAAAAAUACACAGCAAUUUUGCAGCUCUGACAGUGCUAACAGAAAACAGAGAGAAAACUCUUCCAUUUUUACCAAUGUGUAUGAUGCAUUUGUUAGGUUAAAAUGUUUUCAAUGCAUUUAUAGUCUGCAUAAUACAUGGUUUCUAUAUGGAGUGUCCUUCCAAAUUCCCUUCAAAACUACAAUUGUGACCUUACCUAUGAAAAAAAAACAGAAAAAAAAUUGUUUAAUAAAAACAUAAUUGCACAAGUAUUGAAGUAUUUUUUUUUUACACUAUUUUCUGAAUAUUAGAUACAUAGUUGUAUUCUGCCAUUGACUUUUUUUGGAGAUUACAUGUCACAGUUGUGAUCAAAUUCACAGGAAGUGCUGUGUUUUUUUGCCAUUCAAGUGCCUUCUAAUAUUUUCCGUUAUGUACAUGUACAUUACUGUAUGUCACGGCUCAUAAGUGCACAUACGUAAUCCUCAAAUAAUGCAUGACUUACUUGUCUGAAAAAUCAGUACAGACUAAUUCUAAGUGUAUGUAUAUGUGUAUUGUAUGUAUUAAACUGCCAAUUAUCUGCAACCAUCCUGUAUGCCUACAACAUGCUGCCUUUGUAUACUCUGUAGAACAGAUUAACAUUUGUUUAUUAAUCGAUAUAAUAAAGUAUUAAAAUUC